CCCAUAUGGGAUCUCUGUGCUUGCAAGGGGAAGAUCAGUGAGUUGAGCCAUUGCCUAGGCUCUAAACAAAUCCUCAAAAAAAAAAAGAAGGAGAAGAAAGAACAAAGUUGGCAGCGGUUGUGCAACCUCACAGGCCUCAUGCUCUGGCCGGGCUUCCUCCCUCACCAUCCUCAUGGGAGUUUGACUCAUGUCAUGUGAAGCCUUUUCCCCUAAGGUUGGUUUAUUUGAAAGGCCAAAUCACCUACAGAUCCUGCCUCAGUUGGCUCAUUCUCUGAACGGUGAUGACAAGACACUCUUAUUGUCUUCUGCUGUUUUUCCCACGCAUGCUAUUAGGGAGCUGGAUUGGAAGUGGGAUGGUGGGACUUAGACCUGGGCUCACCUGGGCUGCCAGCGUCACAGACAUCAGCUCAAGCCACUGUGCCCCUCACCGGCCCCUCGAGUGCUCUUGAGACUGUCCCUGCCUGCCCCUCACCGACCCGGUAGCAAUUUGGUGGCUGACCUGGGGUCCUGCAGGCUGUCGGCCACGUCUCAGGCCUCCUGGCUCUCUAAGUGUGUGGCGUGGAUCUGGCUGGGGCUGGCUGGGGCCCCACUCUGAGCUGGCCUGACAUUUCCCCAACCAUCCUGAUUCCUUCUGUUGCCAGCGCUCUCCUGGCUUGGCCUGCUGGAGGUAGCAGGAGGCCUUGAGUUUCCAGGAUAUGGUGUUAGUUAGCGUCUACACUGCAGGAAAGCCAUGCUCUCCUCCACUGAAUGCCAAGUCACUUUCCUUAGCCCCCGUGAGCCUGGCCUGCACAGCUCAAGGGCCCCAUGGCUAGCCAAGCAUUCUGGGCUCGGGUGGAUGUCCCACAGUGGGCAGAGCUGGCGGCUCAGCCUGAACUGUCUGCCGCAUCAGUUACCUGCGUGCCGUGUGUCUUUUGUCUUGCAGGUACUCAUUCGGUAAGUGACAGCACUCCACCCUGUGGGAGCUUAGUGUGCGUGCUGGGGUGGGAAUCCCAACUGCUAGAAACAGGCUUCCUGGGGAUUUUCCUGUGCCCUCUCUGGACGCUGGCCCGGCUGCCUGAGUCCACCCCCACAUCCCGUAUCGUCCUCUGGGGCUUCCGGUGGCUCAUUUUCAGGAUCAUGCUUGGAGCGGGGCUGAUCAAGAUCCGUGGGGACCAGUGCUGGCAUGACCUCAGCUGCAUGGACUUCCACUAUGAGACCCAGCCAGUGCCCAACCCCCUGGCCUACUUCCUGCACCGCUCACCCUGGUGGUUCCACCGCUUUGAGGUGCUCAGCAACCACUUCGUGGAGCUCCUGGUCCCCUUCUUCAUCUUCCUGGGGCGUCGCAUGUGCCUCCUGCAUGGGGCCCUGCAGGUUCUCUUCCAGGUGGCCCUCAUCUGCAGUGGGAACCUAAGCUUCCUCAACUGGCUGACCAUCGUGCCCAGCCUGGCCUGCUUCGAUGACGCCGCACUCGCAGCCCUGUGGCCCUCGGCGCCUGGCGGCCUGCGGGACCAAGUCCUGAAGCGGCAGCAGCAGGAAGCCCUUGGGGUCCAGCCGCCCGCCUACGGCCGCCGGGUGCGGGGAGCUGUCAACGUGGCGCUGGGUGUGCUCCUGGCCUGGCUCAGCAUUCCCGUGGUCCUCAACUUGCUCAGCUCCAGGCAGGUCAUGAACACAUCCUUCCACCCCCUCCGCAUCGUCAACACCUAUGGAGCCUUCGGCAGUGUCACCAAGGAGCGCACGGAGGUAGUCCUGCAGGGCACUGCGCACCCCAACGCCAGUGCCCCCGACGCACACUGGGAGGAGUUUGAAUUCAAAUGCAAGCCAGGGGAGCCCCGGCGCCGGCCCUGCCUCAUCUCCCCAUACCACUACCGCCUCGACUGGCUCAUGUGGUUUGCGGCCUUCCAGACCUACGAACAGAACGAGUGGAUCUUGCACCUGGCGGGUAAGCUGCUGGCUGGCGACACCGAGGCCCUUUCCCUGCUGGCACACAGCCCCUUCACGGGCAGGAAGGCUCCCAGGUGGGUGCGUGGCGAGCACUACCGGUACCGGUUUAGCCGCCCGGGCGGUCGGCACGCCGCGGAGGGCGCAUGGUGGGUGCGCAAGAGGAUCGGGGCCUACUUCCCACCACUGCGCCUGGAGGACCUCAGGGGCUACUUCAGGGCCCGCGAGUGGCCGUUCCCAGAGCCGGUACCCCCGCACGCGUGACAACGGGCAUCGAGUGGACACUGUCAGCUGAGGACAGGGAGCAGGAGGGGCGCGGCGUCCGUGUCCUCGACCACCCCCAGCCCAUCACCCACUUGGCCUGCAGGCAUUUCCUGCAGCGGGAACAGGACCUGCUGCAGAUGCUCACCGACCACGCGUGCUUUUAUUCCUGCAAUGCCUGCCCCUGCCCGUCUGUGGGGACACCAUGGCCACGGGGCACAGCCCCAUCUGUGCAGAGCCCAGGUGCAGACACAGGGACGGAGUUCCGGCGCGGGGAACAGGGGCCCUGUGUGUCAGGGACAGACGGGCUCUGAGCCCAGCCCUGCGCGGCUGUCUGCUGGGCUGCACCCCCCGGGGGACCCUGGGAGCAAGCCAAGCCCCACUUAGCACCAGCCUGAGUGGGGACAUAGGCAAGGGUGCCCAGGACGUCCUCCACUGGCCCUGUCCUCCAGUCACCCCUCAGGCGGGCGGGUGCUGGUGGCCUCAGCUGUCAGGGCAGGAAACGGGCCCCUCACGCUGGCAGGCCCCCCAGCCUCUGCCCCCCACAAGGCUUCAGUAACAGCC